AUGAAUAAGAAGUACCAAGGCACUGCACGAGUGAAACGUGCACAAUACCAAGCUCUUUGCAAAGAAUUUGAAAUUCUUCACAUGAUGGAAGGAGAGUCGAUUAAUGAUUACUUUGCAAGAACAUUGUCAAUUGCAAACAAGAUGCGCAUUCAUGGAGAAAAUUUGGAAGAUGUUGCAGUCAUUAAGAAAAUCCUUCGCUCAUUGACACGCAAAUUUGACUAUAUAGUGUGUUCCAUUGAAGAAUCGAAUGACAUUAAUAGUCUUUCGAUUGAUGUGUUGCAAAGAUCACUAUUAGUUCAUGAGCAAAGUAUGACCAACCAUGUUGUGGAGGAGCAAGCCUUAAAUAUCAUUACUCAUGAAGGAACUACUUCUCCAGGAAGAGGUAGAGGAUGUAGGGGAUUUCGAGGAAAAGAGAAGGAAACCAAGGUAAAUUUCGCUGAGAUUGAAAAGGAAAUGCUUUUGAUGGCUUACAUCGACAAGAAGGAGAAUUCAUCAAGUGACACUUUGUAUUUAGAUUCGGGUUGCAGCAAUCACAUGUGUGGAAACAUGUCUUUGUUCUAUGAUUUGGAUGAAACAUUCAGAGAAACUUUGAAGCUCGGGAACAACUCCUGCAUUUCUGUCAUGGGGAAAAGGGAUAUCAAAUUCCAUAUGAAAAACAACACUGUGUAUACAAUUCCUAGUGUGUUUUAUAUCCCAGAUUUGAAAAGCAAUCUCAUCAGUAUGGGCCAACUGCAAAAGAGGGGUUAUAUCAUCAUCAUCAUCCAACAAAGCCGGUGUCAAAUUCAUUAUUCAAAGAAGGCCUAA